AGUGCGCGUGCGCGGGGGUUGCCUUGGCGACCGGGAAAACGUUGAACUGCAACAGCUGGGGCGCCAGAGGCUGGCGAGGAAGGAAAGCGGGGAGUCUCCGGCUGUGCCGCGGACUGUAGCAACGUCCGCCGCAGAACUGGGUUCCCCACAGCUGCGGGGCGUUCGGUGGCGCAGAAGUGAACAUGCACCCUGAGCCCUCGGAGCCUGUGGCGGAUGGGGCAGGAAAGCUGGACUGCACGCAGGAGCGCGGCGUGGAGGAGUCUGCGGGUGACCACGGGAGCGCAGGCCUAGGGGGCUGCUGCAAGGAAGAAAUUAAUGAGCCUAAGGAAACACGUGUGGGUUCUUCUGACACGUCCUCCCAAAGCCAGCAGAAACAGAGUGGUGAUAAUGGGUCAGAUGGUCACUUCCCACACCCAAGAGAAGACAGGGAAGAUCGGGGCCCCAGAAUGACUAAAAGUUCUCUGCAAAAACUCUGCAAGCAGCACAAGCUUUAUAUUACUCCAGCAUUGAAUGAUACACUGUAUUUACACUUUAAAGGAUUUGACCGCAUUGAGAACCUGGAAGAAUACACAGGGCUGCGCUGUCUCUGGCUGCAGUGCAAUGGAAUACGGAAAAUUGAAAACCUGGAGGCCCAAACCGAGUUGCGUUGCCUCUUCUUGCAAGUGAACUUGCUCCAUAAAAUCGAGAACCUGGAACCUCUGCAGAAAUUGGACGCUCUUAACCUCAGCAACAAUUACAUCAAGACCAUUGAAAACCUCUCCUGCCUCCCAGUCCUGAAUACACUGCAGAUGGCCCACAAUCACCUGGAGACUGUGGAGGACAUUCAGCAUCUACGCAAGUGUUUGAGGCUCUGUGUCCUUGACCUUUCACACAACAAGCUGAGCGACCCGGAGAUCCUGAACAUUCUGGAAUGCAUGCCCGAUUUGCGUGUACUGAAUUUGAUGGGAAACCCGGUUAUCAGGCACAUUGCUAAUUACAGAAGGACCGUCACUGUGCGACUGAAGCACUUAACAUACCUGGAUGAUAGACCAGUUUUUCCAAAGGACAGAGCUUGUGCAGAGGCCUGGGCUAGGGGAGGGUACACAGCUGAGAAGGAGGAGAGACAGCAGUGGGAGAGUCGGGAGCAGAAGAAGAUCACAGACAGCAUUGAAGCCUUGGCCAUGAUCAAGCGGCGGGCGGAGGAGAGGAAAAGACAGAGAGAGAGUCAAGGAAGAGGGGAGAUGCUGCCUUCAGAUGAUGGUGAGAACGUGCCUGCCAGUGCUGAAGGCAAGGAAGAGCCUCCGAGGGACAGAGAAACAAGGCAGAAGAUGGAGCUGUUUGUUAAGGAAUGCUUUGAGGCCAAGGACGAGCUCUACCCGGAAAGGCCAAGUGGAGGAGAGGAGCCGCCUGUGGAGGCUAAAGAAGAGGAUGGAGAUGGAGAGUCAGAGGGGACCCUCCCAGCUGAGGUCCCGCCACUCCUGCCACCUGUGGAGGCUAAAGGAGAGGAUGGAGAUGGAGAGCCAGAGGGGACCUUCCCAGCUGAGGCCCCGCCACUCCUGCCACCUGUGGAGGCUAAAGGAGAGGAUGGAGAUGGAGAGUCAGAGGGGACCCUCCCAGCUGAGGCCCCGCCACUCCUGCCACCUGUGGAGGCUAAAGGAGAGGAUGGAGAUGGAGAGCCAGAGGGGACCCUCCCAGCUGAGGCCUUGCCACCGCUGCCCCUCGGAGCUGCCAGGGAAGACCUGACUCACCAGGCUGUGGCCGCUGAGUUUGUUACAGAACUCAACGGGACGGGAACGGAAGGUGUAGAAACUGUUAAACUGGAGACAAAGGAGAUGUUCCGCAUUGAUGACCUCCCUGACUUGGAAGAUGAUGAGGAAGCAGGCAGAUCUCUGCAAGACCAGGCUAAGAAUAUGUGCUUUCCGAAGAUUGAGGCCAUCUCGAGCUUGAGUGAUGACAGUGACCCUGAACUGGACUACACAUCACUCCCCAUGCUGGAAAACCUGUCUGUAGACACCCUCUCAAAUAUAUUUGCAGUCUCUAAAGACACCUCAAAGCAGGCUCGGGCGCCCUUCGCAGACAUCUUUAAAAAAGAAGCUAAGAGGGACAUGGAAAUCCGAAAACAAGACACCGAGUCCCCACGACCCCUGAUCCAGGAGCUCAGUGACCAAGAGCCCUCUGGCCAACUAUGGAUGCCCCCAACCUGCCAAAGAGACGCUACACCCCUCACUUCCAGUGGAGACAGGGACAGCGACUUCCUUGCAGCCUCUACUCCAGGAACCAGCACAGAAAAGAAAGAAGUGCAGUCUGAGCUGCAGCCUGUGGAGCCUCGGGUCAGGGCAGGCCUGGAGGACGCUGAAUAAUUUGUUUUGUUUGAGGCAGUCUCAUACUGUCACCCAGGCUAGAUUGUAGUGGC